GAUCUCUCAUCUCAUCAAUGGAUAUGUAAUGGGUGCAUUUAUCGAAUUCGAACAUUUUACAGGUUUACAUUAUUGAACGAUUUGUCACCGUCUCAGCUUGAAACCCUGCGUUUAUAAGAGGUUGUUCGUAUUCCUUUCAACUGCCGCGAGAUACCUAGGCACUGGCAGUCUGUACGCGGAUAUUGCUUGCGCUUGGUUGACGCGAGCUUUCCCCAAAGCAAACAGCAAAAAACGGCGAAAUAGAAGGGGCGAGUAGCCUGGGUACCCAAUCCAGGAAUUAUCAAGCCGCACAUAGCGAGCCGAUUUGCAGAGUCUAUCUUUCAAAAUGCUAGACCCAUGGGACGAACUUGAGACACUCCAAAAAGGGCGGCGGGACUCGCUCAUAUGUGCUCGUGACUUGGAGAGUAUCAAAGACUCAUGCAUCCGAGAACAUAGCAAGAAACACGUGGUUGAAUGUUCGGAAUGCUGGACACGCCUCAUCAACCGCCUGAGAGACCGCUAUCUAAACUCUCCGAUCAAAGAAUGGUUCUCUGGACGAAGGGCCUUUCUUCAAGAGUUAGAUGAUUUAUUCUCUAAGGCUCGGCAAAAGGAGGUUGACUUCAAAACUAUCGAAGAUCGGAUAGUCACUGAGAAACAGGAAUGGUUUCGAGAAAGGGUCUGCAACCUUAUCCUCCACUCAGGAACUAAGUCACCAUCUGAGGCACGAGCGCUCCAGCAGAGGCUAAAUGAUCGAGAUAUCCCUACUAGCCAACUUGUAUCAGAGUUGAGGGAGAAUCUAGGCGUAGACAUUGAGGAGAUCUUCAAAACCUUUUCGAACAACGUAAAGACAGCGCAAUCUCCAUCAUCACGGAAUCAUGCAUACAUAGAUGCCCUAUUCCAGCCUGAGCGUGACCCUGUCAACGCAUCAAAGUCCCGAAAAUAUGUCGACAUGGUUAGAGAUGGGAAGCCAGCUUCGGAAGUGAUAAAUGUUAUGACCCGUGAUCGCCAGUCACUCAAAGGGGACUCAGAUCAAAAGCAGAAAUUGCAAAAGAAAUUGGAAGAACUUCGACGCGCCAAAGCAGCUCAUGAGCUUGAUAAGAAUAAAAGAGACCAGCUACGACAAGAAAAGGCACGAGCCGCUAUGAGUAGUGCCGCCAACACCCUACCUCCGUGUUCCGUUUGCGACACCAACGUCAACGCGCAGAAAUUCCUAGCGUGCGCGUUAUGUCAAUUGCUUAGCGAUUACUACAAAGUGUUGGACAGGCCAACCUUGUUCUGCUCCGAGGGUUGUUAUGAAAAAGACUACGACACGCACGUUGCAGCGAUGCACGAAUGCUGUUCUGGUCUGGACUGCUUGAAUCUAAGCGACGCAGAUUCAGCAAUGGACGUCGACGAGCCGCAGCUUGUAUUUUGUCGAGAAUGCGUGGAACAUCUAGGACAAGGGUCUGUCUUCUGUUCCUCGCGUUGUCUUGACAUGAACUUUCAUCGCCAUCGGGAUAGAGUACAUUUCCCGGAACGUGAAAGAACCCAUCAUGAGACAUACGAAGAAGGACAGGUUGCGUUUGAUCCAGAAGAUGAGUCGACGUAUUCAGCAGGAGAUAUCAAGGCGGAGGCUCUUAGUUUGCGCGAUGUCAUGCUCGACUGGCAGCAGAAGACGGAAGCACGUGUAUCUUCAUAGCUUAUUGCUGAGUGUGUCUUACCGACUAAUAUAACGCUACUCCAUCUUGAUGACUACUGG